UCUCCAGUUGUUGCCAGCAACAAUUGCCAGCUUCACGAAGCUUUCUGUGUGAAGCUGCAGGUAGCUAUAGUAGAUGUUCGCUGUGUUUUAUGUAAGAUAACUGCGGUCACAUACUGAAACGAAAAUGUUUAAAGGCUGGGGGACAUGGUUAGGGUUGCAGAGUCCAACCGAGCCAUCGACAGCUGAGGAAAAUGGACAGUCAGGAUCUGUCACGAGCGAAGAUAAGCCAACCGAGUUGGAAGACAGUGGAGUAAACAAACAGACGACUCCGGAUGAAGUGGCAGUGGGAGAGGAGGGCGAUCCAGCUCCGCAACUUUUUCAGCAGGCAAAAGGGCUGAGCGGGUACAUAUAUAAUAUUGCGAGCAGCGCUACCAAGAAGAUAUCCGACUCUGUGGCAGGGACUGCGCAGACUAUCAAGAAAAGCGUUGAAGAGGGAAAGAUAGACGGAAUCCUCGACAAGACUAUUUUGGGAGAUUUUCAGAAAGAACAGGAAAAAUUUCUUCAGGAAAAGAAUGCAAAAAAGACAGAUGCAGCAGUGCCACCGUGGGUUGGCUACAGCGAGGAAGAAACCAUACAACAACAAAUACUGGCUUUAUCAGCUGACAGGAGGAACUUCCUGCGAGAUCCCCCUGCUGGGGUUCAGUUCCACUUUGAUUUUGAGCAUAUGUAUCCCAUCGCCAUGGUGAUGUUGCAGGAGGACGAGUUGCUCAACAGGAUGCGUUUUGACCUGGUCCCCAAACAUGUUAAGGAGGACGUCUUCUGGAGGAAUUAUUUCUACCGCGUCUCUCUGAUCAAGCAGUCUGCUCAGCUCACUGCACUGACAGCUCAGCAGCAGGCUGCAGAGAAGAAAGACCAGGAGAAGAGUUCCAGCAGCCCUGAAAACGAUCAUCUCACAGAAGACAUCAGGCCAAAGACCCCUCCCAUGCCCAUCACCGGCAAACCCAAGUCAGCAGAGGAUGAAGAGGAGAUCUCCACCAGUCCCGGGGUGUCAGAGUUUGUGAGCGAUGCCUUCGACUCGUGCAACAUCGACCAGGAAGACCUGCGCAAGGAGAUGGAGCAGCUGGUGCUGGAUAAGAAGGGUGAGGCGACAGAGCAGGAAGAGGAGACAGCCGACUGGGAGAAGGAGCUGCAGCAGGAGCUGCAGGAGUACGAAGUGGUGGUUGAAUCGGAGAACAGAGAUGAUAACUGGGACAAGGAGAUCGAGGAGAUGCUGCAGGCGGACAGCUAGUGCCGUGGCCGAGGGAUUACUGUGCGGCCCUGUGUCUCCUGAAGGAAACCUAACGAGGACCACAAAGGACUCUAUCAGCUAUGGGACUCUUAACCAUUGAGGUGAACUUUCUCAGAAAAGCAGUUAUACAGCUAUCAUGUCCUUCAGCACUUUCCAGAAUUUGCCCAGGUUACAUAAUCAAUGUUGGCCUUUGAAUUGUAUGCAUUGGCAUAGCAUUGUGGAAGUGCAUUCAAGCUUCACUAAAACUUUGAAAUAUGUUAUUGUGAAAGCUUUUUAAAACAUGAUUUUAACCAUAAUGAGUUUGUAGACACAGUGCCAAACUGCAAACUGACAGAAAAAUAUGCUGAAGGACUCUUUGCCUGAUCCCAGCAUGCAUUUCCUCCUAAUCUGGUGUUAAAUACAACCGUUGGUUGUGGAUACUGAUAAAAUAAAAUUUCAUGUCUGCAGGGCAUGAUUCUUUCUGGUAUUUUAGGAAUGAAGGAUAUUAAAGGCUCUAUUUAUCAAAGGGGAAAUCUACUAGUCAGAAUUUCUUCUUUCCUUGUGUAUCCAAAUGAAUGGGGUUUAGACUAGACUAGAAUUUCUCUUCAUGACCACAGAAUGAAAAUCAAGUUAAUUAACCACGGACCUUCUUCUUCCCCAUUCAAUUUACUAGUUCAAGUAGAACUAAAGCAUGAUGAUCAUAUGGAUAGCUGAGAUUAGCAAGUAUGGGCCUAUUGGUCACCCAUAAGGACCAGAAAUCAUGUUGUUACAGUCUGAUGAUGUUGAGUUCUUGCAGUGUGUUUAACUUGCCUGUAUGUUAGGAAGAACAGAUAAGCAAUUGGCUGAUCUUAGCAAAUUGUUAAGGCUAAUGGAACUGUCUAUCUUAAUUUUUAUUUUCAAGUUUGUACAAUUAUUUUGGUUGUUUUCCUGUUAAAGUGAGAUUUGUAAAUGUACAGUGGGUCAUUUUGACCAAGAUUGGUUUUCUCUCCUAUAAUAAGAUGGAAUACAAAUACUCUAGAUUGUCCUGGUAUCGCUACUUUUAAGAUUCUCUCUUAAAAGAGAGUCAAUUCCUGAAUAUUUUUCAACGUAACAAAGAGUAAGUAAUAUGUUGUUUUUACCUUUGUGCUGCUGAAAAUUGUCUAUCUAGUAUUGUCUAUCUAUUCUGACAAUAUUAAUAAAUACUUUAAAACACA